AUGGCAAGUGAGGAAGAGAGUGUUCUUGCUUUAGUGCAUUACUCUGGGAAAAUUAAAAAAAGCAAAAGCCAUGGUGUGAAGUUCACAGACAAAGAACCAUUGAGUGUGUUCAUCAGUUCGUCAAGCACUUUGUCAGAUCUAAAGAACAGCAUCUUGCAGAAGCUUGGCGUCUUUGGUACGAAGUGGGUGAAGAAGCUAUUCUACAAGAUUCCCAUCGCAGUUGUCUCGACGGGUGUUCAUUAUGAUACCUUUGUGCUAGCGGCUGAUGAAAAUAUUAGGGUUCUGUUGCAUUGUGUUAGGAGUUUUCCAGAGAUCCGAAUUCACGAGUUGUUUGCGAAGUUGGAGGUUGGUGUCGAUAGUUCUGGGGCAUCAGCUCCAUUUCAGAGCUCGACUGCCGCGGGAGGUGCAUCUAGUUCGAUGCCUGCGGUCAGACCGUAUCUUCCGCCGGUGGAUUCCCCUACGUUCGCGGCUGAUUUAGAGCGAACGGUGAUUGUUGGUUCUGUACAGUUGGAGAAUGAAGGAAUAUUUGAGCAGCCUGAUGUCGUUGGCACCGGUGGUGGCCACUUACCUUAUAUGGAAGGCUUUGGUGAACCUGAUAAAGUAGAGAAUGCAAUGUGUGACGAUGACUCUGACCAGGAGCCUGUCGAUAUCAUCGGGGACAACGACGAUGACACAGGUGCCAAUCCACAUGCACAGCAUGGGCCUCUUCAAAUUGGGCAAUCUUUUCAGAAUAAAGAUGAGGCUGUGCUGAGUGUGAAGGACUAUAGCAUCCGGCGAGAUGUUGAGUACAGAGUCAUCGAAUCAGAUCAUCUGAAGUAUCAUGGAAAAUGCAAGCAAUUCGGCAAGGGUUGUACUUGGUUGAUUCGCGUUGCGCUGCGUGCACGAAAGGGCACUUGGGAGGUUAGGAGGUACAACGGGCCACACACAUGCUUGGCAACCUUUAUUUCCAGUGAUCACCGUCAGCUGGAUUACCACGUUAUCUGUGCGAGGAUUCUUCCGUUGGUUAGGGCAGAUGCUGUAGUUACGGUAAAGGUACUACAACAAGCUACAGAAGUCGAUUAUGGUUUCAGACCUAGUUACAGGAAGGUUUGGAUGGCGAAGCAGAAGGCAGUGGCACAAAUAUAUGGAGAUUGGGAAGAGUCAUACGCGGAGUUGCCACGUUGGAUGCUAGGAGUACAGUCAACAAUGGCCGGAACAAUAACCGUGUUGAAGACCUCUCCUGUUCGGCUUCGUGGUGAGGUUGAUGAGUUGACGGUGUACUUUCACCGAUUAUUCUGGACAUUCCCACCCUGUAUCGAGGCAUUCCGUCAUUGCAAGCCCCUCGUCAGUAUUGACGGUACCCACUUGUAUGGCAAGUAUGGAGGGACAUUGCUGUUGGCGAUUGCGCAGGAUGGGAACUCCAACAUCCUCCCCAUUGCAUUCGCCUUUGUGGAAGGAGAAAAUGCAGAGUCAUGGUCAUUCUUCUUGUUUAACCUACGAGAGCAUGUGACUCCUCAGGAGGGUAUCCUUGUAAUCUCUGACAGGCAUAACGGGAUCAAGGCAGCGCUUGAGGCACCUGAGACUGGGUGGCUGCCGCCUCGUGCUUUCUGA